AAGAAGGAGGCGUUCAGGAGCCACCGUUCGCCUCGCACCUCCUUUCUCGUGGCAAGGAUGCAGAUACCGAGCAGCAGAUCCGCGCCGGCUUUGGGGGCACAGCCGCCCUCUUCCAAAUCGUUCACCAUCGACGCGCUGCUCGCCAAGCCGGACGGGCGCAACUCGGAGCGGGCGUUCGCUUACCCGGCCGCGCUGCCCCUGGGCGGCGCGGCCGGGGUGACCUACGCGACCUGCCCGUACAACCUGCUGCCGGCCGGCUACUCCGCCGUCUACUGCUGUCCGCCGUUCACCUACCAGGCGUCGUGUCGCGGAGCCUUUUACGCGCAAGCGGCGUCGAUGCCCAAGGUGCACGCCUUGAAAGUCAAGGGUGGCAAGUCCAAGCGCAUGCGCACCAGCUUCACCAGCGAGCAGCUCUCCCGCCUGGAGAAGGAGUUCGCCCGGCAGCAGUACAUGGUCGGCUCCGAGAGGUUCCUGCUCGCCUCCGCCCUGCAGCUCACCGAGGCACAGGUGAAAGUGUGGUUCCAGAACCGCCGCAUCAAGUGGCGCAAGCAGAGUCUGGAGCAGCAGCAGGCCAAGUUGGCCAAGCUGGGCCUCGCCGCCGCCGGCGCCACCGCCGCCACCCCCCCGCCCAAAAGCCCCGGAUCUCAGGGCCACGCCGACGAAGACCAAGAGGAGGACGAAUUCUCCGACUCGGAUGUGGAUGUGGACGUGUCCGACGACGGCCCGGAACCCUGCUGAGAAGCCCCGGGAAAAAAAAAGACAAACAAAAAAAUACCCCCCCUCAGAAAGACUCGACACUCUUGUACAUUCCCACCAUGAAUAGAUGAUGGCCUAUUAAUAUUUAAUAGAAGUAUAGUUAUAUAUUUAAUUUUUUCUACAUGCAUUGCUCUUUGACUAUUGUUUUUUUUUGUGGUUUUGUAUAUUUGAAGGAAAUUCAGAAAUAUAUUUUAUGGAAAGAAUUGCACUGCUCUGUCUGGCUUUUUGAUUUGGUAACACCGCAUUACAGCUACAACGAUGUUUUUAGAGCCGAUUGUACAUGAUAAAUUGUUUACAGUAAUCCUCUGGUAAUUUUUUUUUUUUGGGGGGGGGAGGUUUUGCUUGACCGAGAAAAGCUUGCGCAAUACGGAUUUUACCCAAUUGUUGACCCAUAUAAGGAAAUAUAUGCAGUACAUGAUGCUAACAU